UUAUGAGGAUAUGUAAAACUAAGAAAGCCAACUUUGUUCAUCAAGUUGAUCUUUUCUCUGCUUUAACUUCUCAAAUCUUCUCAUCAUCAUUCUCUUUUGAACUUAAGUACUGGUGGUGGUAUUAAUGGCAUCGAGGAGAAUUCUCAAGGAGCUAAGGGACUUGCAAAGAGACCCUCCUACUUCAUGCAGUGCAGGUCCAGUAGCUCAGGAUAUGUUUCACUGGCAAGCAACUAUUAUAGGUCCAAAUGAAAGCCCUUAUGCUGGUGGUGUUUUCCAAGUCACUAUCCAUUUCCCCCCUGAUUACCCUUUCAAACCUCCCAAGGUGGCUUUCAGGACCAGAGUUUUCCAUCCGAAUAUAAACAAUAAUGGAAAUAUUUGUUUGGACAUUCUUAAGGAUCAGUGGAGUCCUGCCCUCACCAUAUCCAAGGUUUUGCUGUCCAUAUGUUCACUGCUAACAGAUCCAAAUCCAGAUGAUCCACUGGUUCCAGAAAUAGCUCAUAUGUGCAAGACUGAUAAGAACAAGUAUGAAUCAAUGGCUCGCAGUUGGACUCAAAAGUAUGCUAUGAACUGAGUCUGAGGUCUUCAAGAAAAGCUCUGUUUUGUGACAAACACGAAUUUCUUGCUCUGGGGCCAAUAUAUAAUAUGUUCAGGAGAACGGCUGCUAAAAAAUGAGAAUGGGUGGCAGUUUGGAUGUAUUUAAAUCUCGGGAUUUGUUUUAAAUAAAAGGGUGAUUUUACUUUCUUUUCUUAUUAAACAAGAGAAUUGUAAUUAAGUUGAUGAUGUAAUCCUUCCUUCAAGUCAUAUGUACAUGAUUGAGAUUGGAAUGUAUCAAGUCAGAUUCUGUCAA